AUCACCUGAAUGCCUCAUUGCCACACCAGUUCCACUUCCCGGAACAAGGAGGAGCUGGGUAGUUUAUCGCGGAUACAAACACAAAUCUCCGUUCAUUUUGGUCUGAGCCUCAUCGUUCCUGAACAGGAUGAUCGACGUGCAAGCAUGGGCAGAGUAUGUGGUGGAGUGGGCUGCCAAAGACCCCUAUGGUUUUCUCACAACUAUCAUACUGGCUCUCACCCCUCUCUUCAUUGCCAGCGCUCUGCUGUCCUGGAAGCUGGCCAAGAUGAUCGAGGCACGUGACCGCGAACAGAAGAAGAAGCAGAAACGUCAGGAAAACAUAGCCAAGGCCAAGAGGACCAAGAAAGACUGAGCCGGCAAGGGCUAGGAUAGGGGCAUUGCAAAGGACGAGCAAACCAUCACGCUCGCAGGCCUCCUUUUCUAAACAAUGACACGGUGCCCUUCCUUCUCCCAGCCCUACUAUCAGCACAGGGUCACUAUGCCUCAUGUCCAGGGUAGGAGGAGGGACGCUGGCCCCACAGACUUAACAGUGCUGAUGGACAGUACUGCCCUGAGGAAGCUUGUCCCAGUGGGACUUUGGUAAGCAACAGCACAGUAGUCAUCUGUAUAACGUUUUUAUACAGUGACCUGCUGUUGCAACACCUUGCAUUCCAUUGUUGACAUCCCCGUUUUGCUGAAAUGAUGACAUAAUGAGAAUAAUGGAACUUUUUAAGCUUGAUAACUUGCGAGCUAUCCAAAUGAUUACUUUAUGAUCAAUAAAAUUUUCAUGGUUGGUAA